UUAAAGUCUAGAAUAAAAAUGGCGAGCACUAGUAGUACCUUUCAGCCGGAUCCCGAUGUUCAUGUGACAUUUGAAGAUCAACAGAAAAUCAACAAGUUUGCAAGAGAAAAUGCAAAACUGGAAGAACUGAAUGAUGAGCUUAAUGUUAAAAAGAAAGAACUCCAAAAUUUAGAAGAUGCUGGUGAUGAAAUGUUAAUGGUUGAAGAUGACCAACCCAUUCCUUACAUGUUAGGAGAGGUAUUCGUUAUCAUGGGACAAGAAAGUGCAACCGAAAUGAUAGAAAAGAACAAAAAAACAAUCGGAGAUGAAAUGAAGUCCUUACAGCAGCAGUGCGACUUAGUUCGGCAAGGAAUGUCGGAGUUGAAAGUCCAGUUGUACGCUAAGUUUGGAAACAACAUUAAUCUGGAACCAGACGAAAGUUGAUACGCCAGUGCGAUUGUCCAAUAAUGUUUGUGCAUUAACGUAUUUAGCCUCUCAUUGGAACAUUAAUAACUUGCUUUAAGUGUUGUUGUUGUUGUUUUUUUUUCAUUUCAAUAUAAAGUUUAUGUAUCUGUCUUUAAAAUGGAUAAGAAGUUAUUUUCAAACUUUACGGGAUCCUUGAAGAACCUUAUCAGAAAUGUAAACACGUCAUGUUUAUUGUCAUUUCUUAGCUGAUUUACUGACAUUUGAUGUACAACUUUUAGUAGUUUCGAAGUUUUUUAUUAACGAAGAGGUUUAUUGACGGAAGCAGACGUACCUAGAACUUUAGCGUGAUUAUAAAGUCAUGCUUAGCUUGAUUUUCUCAGUUUUCACAAACAGGGUAUUUGAAAAAUUGUACCAGGAAACAAUUUAUUGUAGAUACGCACUGUUUGUUGCAUAUGCAAAAAAUAAUGUUUUUUUGUUUUUUUUUACUACAUACAACACAGUUCAACAUGAGCACAGUGUCCGGUCUGUACCCAAUCUCCUGCCGAGUGUUUUACAACACUACGGGAAUAUUUCUUAGAUUCAUUGGUACAGUUCAUCCUUAAACCAUGUCCUUUAUGAAGCCCCCAUGGAAAAAAAAAUCUGUAGGCAUAAUAUCUGGUGAACAAGGAGGCCACCUGAUGGGACCUCCCCAUCCAAUCCAACAACUGGGGAAUAUUGACAUUCAGUGUAGAAGGGUAUUAUCUGACUGGGAUAAAGUUUUUAUCUGUGCUGUAGAAGACAUUAAAUGUGCAACAAACCGUGUGCGAGUCUGCAUAAAACAUUUUUCCAAGUAUGAUUUUUCCAAAUUAUUUCCAGAACCCUUGGAUACCCCGAUUAAUAGCGUUAAUUAAUGAUGCCUACCUGAGUUUCGAUUAUUAAAACUACUUUGUUAUCCAGAA